AAACUGGCUAUGAAUAAGUCCAAGUGGUGAUCAAUAGGAAUUAUGGAAAUCACGCGGCCCGCAGCAGUAAACGAGAAAUUACCAACGCUCACCUCUCGCCCUAACAUCUCACCGCCUGUUUCCCCUCGCCAACAGCGCGAGUGUCUUUCAAUCCACAUCGGCCAGGCUGGCGUCCAGGUUGGCAACGCUUGCUGGGAGUUGUAUUGCCUGGAGCACGGGAUCCAACCGGAUGGACAGAUGCCCAGCGACUCGACCAUCGGAGGCGGCGACGAUUCGUUUAACACCUUCUUCAGCGAGACCGGUGCGGGCAAGCACGUACCAAGGGCCGUGUUCAUCGACCUGGAGCCCACGGUGAUCGGUAAGGUGCGGGCCGGUAUCUACCGCCAGCUCUUCCACCCCGAGCAGCUCAUCACCGGCAAGGAGGACGCGGCCAAUAACUACGCCCGGGGCCACUGCUCCAUCGGCAAGGAGAUCGUGGACCUGGUCCUGGAUCGAAUCCGGAAGCUGCGUGAGUGUAUCUCCAUCCACAUCGGCCAGGCCGGAGUUCAGGUCGGCAACGCUUGCUGGGAGCUCUAUUGCCUGGAGCACGGGAUCCAGCCGGAUGGACAGAUGCCCAGCGACAAGACCAUCGGGGGCGGCGACGACUCCUUCAACACCUUCUUCAGCGAGACGGGGGCGGGCAAGCACGUCCCCCGGGCCGUGUUCCUUGAUCUGGAGCCCACGGUGAUCGAUGAGGUGCGGACCGGCACAUACCGGCAGCUCUUCCACCCCGAGCAGCUCAUCACCGGCAAGGAGGACGCGGCCAACAACUACGCCCGGGGCCACUGCUCCAUCGGCAAGGAGAUCGUCGACCUGGUCCUGGAUCGCAUCCGGAAGCUGGCCGACCAGUGCACCGGACUGCAGGGGUUCCUCAUCUUCCACAGUUUCGGGGGCGGCACCGGCUCGGGUUUCACCUCCCUCCUCAUGGAGAGACUGUCCGUCGACUACGGCAAGAAAUCAAAGCUGGAGUUUUCCGUCUACCCGGCGCCGCAGAUCUCCACCGCCGUGGUCGAGCCCUACAACGCGGUGCUGGUCACCCACUGCACCCUGGAGCACUCCGACUGCUCCUUCAUGCUGGACAACGAGGCCAUUUACGACAUCUGCCGGCGGAACCUGGACAUCGAGCGCCCCACCUACACCAACCUCAACCGCCUGCUGGGGCAGGUAGUGUCGUCCAUCACCGCCUCUCUGCGCUUCGACGGCGCCCUCAACGUGGACCUGCUCGAGUUCCAGACCAACCUGGUCCCCUACCCGCGCAUCCACUUCCCGCUGGUCACCUACGCGCCCCUGAUCUCGGCUGAGAAGGCUUACCACGAGCAACUGUCCGUGUCGGAGAUCACCAAUGCCUGCUUCGAGCCGGCCAACCAGAUGCUCAAAUGCGACCCCCGCCAGGGCAAAUACAUGGCGUGCUGCAUGUUGUACCGCGGGGACGUGGUGCCCAAGGACGUCAACGCCUCCAUCGCCACCAUCAAGACGAAGCGCUCCAUCCAGUUCGUGGACUGGUGCCCGACCGGGUUCAAGGUGGGCAUCAACUACCAGCCCCCGACGGUGGUGCCGGGGGGCGACCUGGCCAAGGUGCAACGAGCCGUCUGCAUGCUGAGCAACACCACCGCCAUAUCCAUGGCCUGGACCCGCAUGAACCUCAAGUUCGACAAGAUGUACGCCAAGCGGGCCUUUGUCCACUGGUACGUGGGAGAGGGGCUGGAGGAAGGAGAGUUCCAGGACGCGCGGGAGGACAUGGCGUCGCUGGAGAAGGACUACGAAGAAGUGGGCAUCGAUUCGGCGGAUCUGGACAAGAAGACGGAAGAGGAAGAGUGA